UAGGAAAUACGUCAGGGGCUACGCUGCGUUGCGCCGCCGCGCCAUCCCAGUCUGAAAUCGGUCACCACGGUGACGCGCGCAGGAAGGUGUGUCACCAUGAGCGCCCGGGUCACGCGUGUCGCGUGGGCCCGGAGCUGGGGUCCCCGCUGCUGUCGCGGCGCCUCGAGCUUCUCCGUGCCCCCGCCGGGCACCGUGGAUGUGGCGGAGCUGCUGCGGGACGCGACCGCGGCGGAGGAGAGACCCUCGGCGGCGCCUGCGCGGCGGACGCCCGGCCAGUGCUCGGUGCUGCUGUUCCCCGGCCAGGGCAGCCAGGUGGUGGGCAUGGGCCGCGGGCUGCUGCGCUUUCCGCGCGUGCGCGAGCUCUACGCCGCUGCGCACCGCGUGCUGGGCUACGACCUGCUGGAGCUGAGCCUGCAGGGGCCGCAGGAGGACCUGGACCGCACCGUCCACUGCCAGCCCGCCGUCUUCGUGGCUUCGCUGGCCGCUGUGGAGAAACUCCAUCACCUGCAGCCGGCGGCCAUUGAGAACUGUGUCGCUGCUGCUGGAUUCAGCGUGGGAGAAUUCGCAGCCCUCGUCUUUGCUGGAGCCAUGGAGUUUUCUGAAGGGCUAUACGCCGUGAAGGUCCGCGCUGAGGCCAUGCAGGAGGCGUCGGAAGCCGUCCCGAGCGGAAUGCUGUCUGUGCUCGGCCAGCCUCAGUCCAAGUUCACUGCUGCCUGUGUGGAUGCCCAGGAGCACUGCAGGUCCUUGGGCAUUGAGGAUCCGGUGUGCGAGGUGUCCAACUACCUCUUUCCACACUGCAGAGUCAUCUCUGGACACUUGGAGGCCCUGCGGUUCCUCCGGCAGAACUCCUCCAGGUACCACUUCCGGCGCACCAAAAUGCUGCCAGUGAGUGGCGGCUUCCACACCCGCCUCAUGCAGCCGGCCGUGGAGCCCCUGGCGCAGGCUCUGAAGACCAUCGACAUCAAGCAGCCGCUGGUCUCCGUGCACGCCAACGUGAGUGGGCACAGGUACGCAAACCCGCAGCACAUCCGGAAGCUGCUGGGGCAGCAGCUGGUGUCCCCGGUGCGGUGGGAGCAGACCAUGCACACCAUCUACACGCGCAGGCGCGGCGCCGCCUUCCCCAGGACGUGGGAGGUCGGUCCUGGGCAGCAGCUGGGCAGCAUCCUCCGGAGCUGUAACCUGCAGGCCUGGAAAGCCUAUGACCAUGUGGACGUGCUGCAGGCCAGCGAAGACCCAAGCCCUGAGGAGUCUCUGCGGUGACCCCGUGGGCCGGGGUGGGGACCUGGGCUGUGGCUCCUGCGAGGACAGAGGGAGGACUGCUUGCCCGGAACUCUGGAAACUGAGGGUCUCUGUGGUGACCCAGCCUGUCCCCUCCCCUGGGACAUGGUCAGAUGUGAGGGGACAAGGCCAGCUUGCUGGUCCUGGAGAGCUAGAUGCACUUCGGAUGGUGGACCCAGCCCCAGCCUAGCCAGGAACCCAGCUCAGAGCCCUGUCGAUCCCCAAGAGGCAUAAGAACCCUGUUGGGCCCUCAGCGAAGCAGGAAGAUGAGUCUGGUGUCCCUAGUGCAUCAGGAAGCAUGUCACAGCUGGGUGCCUGUUGGGUGCACAGUCCUGGCACGGAGGCCCUGGAGUUCAGUGCAGUGUGCAGUGUGGCCAAGUUCUAGGGCAGCCCGGCCCGCCACCAGCACCAGUGCUGGACAUGUGCCUCUCGGGGCUGCCUGACCUCUGCAUCCGCCUCAGUGUGCUGGGAGUGUGGGAAGGGGCUCUGGCAGCUGGCAGCAUUCCUGGGGCCCGGGGGCGGUCACAUCCUAGGGCACCGCUCACAGGGCCCCGCCAGCCGCUAGGUCGGGGUGUUCCCCUCCACAGUAGCUGUCCCCACUGCUGGCUGCCUCACGCCUGCAGCAUCCCCAGGCUCUGCGGCCCUGGCUGAGCACCAGUGCGGGUUCUAACGAUGGACUUUAGCCCGGCCCCGUGAGGACUGGCUGGAGCACAGGAAUUCCUUGGAAAGAACUUGUUCUGUUUCUUGA